GUCACUUCCUCUCCCCACUCCACAAACAUGGCGCUGCUGUUAAGGACGUUCGCCCGCCAGGGUGUGUGUCUCUCCAGACCGCAGUACAGUUUCCUCUACAGACAUGCUGCUCCGAUGGGAACCACAGCGAAGGAGGAGAUGAACAAGUUUUGGGUGAAGAACGCCCGGCUAAACCGACCCAUGUCUCCUCACAUCACCAUCUACAAAUGGUCCGUCCCCAUGAUGAUGUCCAUCACACACAGAGGAACCGGAGUUGGACUCAGUGGAGCCAUCUCCGCCUUCGCCCUGGCUGCCCUGGUGCUGCCGGGAAACUACCCCCACUACCUGGACUUGAUCCACUCGCUUUCCUUCGGCCCGCUCCUCAUCGGGUUGGCCAAGUUCGGCAUCGCGUUUCCUGCCUCGUACCACACUCUCAACGGCGUCCGUCACUUGUAUUGGGACAUCGGGAAAGGCUUCCGAAUCCCUGAGGUCUACCGCACCGGCUACACCGUGAUCGGCCUGUCCAUCAUCACCUCCAUGGCCUUGAUGAUGCUCUGAGCGGACGCCGGCGGCGCAUCGCUAUUGAAGGUUUCGUGUACAUGUUCUGUCUCUCACCAACGCAGUAAAUAAAGAUUAUAUUAUAACUUA